AUGGAUACGUUAAAUGAAAUUUUUUUUAUCGAAUCUUUUAUUUCUUAUAUCAAUACUUCUAAACCUUCUCUACCAAGACUCGAAGGAUUCUUGUAUCAUACUCAAGAGAUCUCAAGAAAUGGAAUCCGUUCUUGUCAUAAAAAAUUAGCACAUGAAACUUUUUAUACGCAAAUACAAAAAAUUAUAUCAUCACUUAGUAAACAAUCAGCUGAUAUAAAACGUCAAUAUGAAUACACGAGCUACCUCGAUAAAAAGCAGUUAAGAAGCAUUAAAGAAAAUGCUCAAAAUAGUUGUGUCCUAUAUUUUUGGGCAGAUGUUGCCCAUCGCGAAGAAGAUGACAAAAGCAGCGACAAUGGAUAG